UUGCAGUGAAACUUCUUCCCUGCCCCUCUGAAGGGUCAAAGUCUGUGCGCAACCGACAAUAGGCUUCAGAGAAAAGUCGAGCGGACGCCGUUUCACUUCACCAGGAGGACAUUUUCAGUUAACGAUCCGAUGGCAGGACUGCCGAAAUGCAGCGUUUUCGUCCUGCUGGCGCUCUUCAUAACGCUUGCUCCUGUGUGGGCAGAAUGGUUUCAAUAUCCCAGGAAGCUGUACGAGAACCAGGACUACACCGGCCAGAAGCACAUUGCCAGGAUUCGCUCUGACAAGGAGAACUACACGAAGAUCAUAUAUUCUUUAUCAGGGCCUGGAGUUGACCAGCAUCCUAGAGGUAGAUUUGGUAUUGACCCCGACACUGGCUUUGUGAGAAUCUACACCAUCCUGGACCGUGAGGAUAUCCCCUACUAUUUAGUGAAGGGCAUGGCAAAAUACCCCAGUGGGGCGUACGCUGAAAGUAUUCUGGAGCUUAACAUUACUGUUUUGGACGAGAACGACUGUGCACCAGUCAUUCAGACACAGCAAGUCGGACAAGUCAGUGAAUCCAGUGCACCAGGUACUGUCGUCAUGAGAGUCAUAGUCACCGAUGCUGAUAUUGGAAUAAAUGCUGCGAUCUACUACAGCCUUGUGGAGACGACCACAUUUGGGAUGUUUUCCAUCAACUCUCUAACUGGGGAGAUCAUGGUUCAAAGCAACACUCUGGAUCGAGAGACUCAAGAUACAUACAGGUUGAUUGUUCAAGCAUCUGACUUGAAUGGACAAGUGGGAGGAAACACUGGAACUGGAGAAAUUGUGAUCAAAAUUCUGGACAUAAAUGACAACGUCCCAUAUCUGGAAAAAGAAGUGUAUGUAGGGAAAGUGGAGGAGAACACUAUCGGUAUAGAAGUUAUGAGGAUACAGGCCAUCGACUUGGAUCUGAUGUUCACUGACAGCUGGCUGGCUGUCUACCAGAUAGUGUCAGGGAAUGAGGGAGGCUACUUCACUAUCACCACUGAUCCUAAGACCAAUGAGGGGAUUAUCAUGAUUCAGAAGGCCCUGAACUACGAGGCAAUUCAGACACUCAGCUUGCAGGUGACAGUUUCCAACAAAGCUUCGUACAAUUUCGGUGCGAGUUCUAUGACGGGGAUUGUCACGGGAAAAUCCUACCCCAUCACAAUCAAUGUGGUCAAUCAAUUGGAAGGCCCCACUUUCAGACCAAGUGUCAAAGUGGUGUCCAUCUCUGAGGACAUCAAAUUUGUCUCCAUCAACAAAGUCAUCGCUAAUUACGCUGCUAUUGACAUCGACACAGGACUGAUUGCCACCAACGUGAGGUAUGCAAAGCUUCGUGAUGAUGGCAACUGGUUAAUUAUCGAUGAAAACACAGGAGAUAUCAAGCUGAAUAGGCUGCCUGACCGAGAGUCCAAAUUCUUGAUCAAUGGAACAUAUUAUGCCGAAAUUAUCGCCAUCACCAAAGACGAACCUGCAAAAACUGUUACGGGGACCGUCGCCAUUCAGGUGGAGGACAUCAACGAUCACUGCCCAAAACUGAUCACUACGUCGCAGACCAUGUGCCUUGGGGAUCAAAUGAUCUAUGUCACAGCUGUAGAUGAAGACGUGUUUCCCAACGCGGCGCCGUUUGAGUUCACCGUGAUUGAAGGGAGCAGCGAUGAGAAGUGGGCAGUGGAAUAUUAUAACGGCACCACAGCCAUCCUCAGAGACCAGUCAUACUUGUGGCCGGGCAAAUACCAAGUGGAAGUGUUGAUCAAGGACCAGAAGGGGAAAUCAUGCACCGAGCCUCAGAUAAUCGAUGUCGAUGUGUGUGCUUGCAAAAACGACAUAAAAACCUGUGAGACAAAGAAAACAGCAACUGCGAGUUUUGGAGCUGGAGGCAUUCUGCUCCUUUUGCUGGGACUGCUGCUGCUGCUGUUGUUGCCCCUGCUGCUUAUGUUUUGCCUGUGUGGAGGAACGGCAGCUGUCGGAGAUUUCAAGGCCAUUCCGUUCGAUACGAAGCAACAGCUGAUCGCGUAUCACACCGAGGGACAGGGAGAAGACAAGGAAGUUCCUCUACUACAUGUCCCAGGGGAGGUUGAUGGUGGCACGCUGACUACCAAGAAUGUCAAUACCCUACAGGGAGGAUACAAUGGAGGACUGGUUGACUUAGGGUUAGUAGGGAGUGGAGUAGGAGGAGGAGUAGGUGGAGGAGUAGGUGGAGGAGUAGGAGGAGGAGCCUAUGGAACAAACAGUUGGUCAGUGGAGAACAGGCACAUGUACAACCAGUUCAGUGGUCAGGGAGAUCAGGUGGACUUAAUGAGUCCCGGGAUGAUGACAGGACAAGAACACAGCGUCUCUCACUAUAGGGGCGGGGUCUUUGACGGGAUGGCUCUGUCUGAUCAGUUCCUGGGGGAGUACUAUGCAAGUAAACUGAACCACACUGCUCAACAAUCUCAGCAGGCGGACGAUGUGAAAACCUUUAACUAUGAGGGUAAAGAGUCCCCCGCGGGUUCUGUGGGCUGCUGCAGCCUCCUUGAAAACGAUGACGAUCUUACGUUCCUUAAUGACCUCGGGCCCAAAUUCAAAACCCUGGCUGAGGUCUGUCAGGGAUCACCAAUAGUCACCGAGUCCGCUCACACUGGAGCUUCGGUCCGCCCGGUGUCUCCCAUCAGGCCCUCCACCUCGAACCACACGCACGUCCAUACCCACAUAGAAACACCCAGAGAGAACGUCAACACCCUCAACGCCACCAGUGCUUCGUCCGGAUCCAUCAUUCAGGAGGAGCGAAUCACUGAGAGAGUACGGGGUUCAGGAACUGCUUCCAGGGUGCAUGUCCAGGACAACAUCGUGGUUCCCAGUCAGACACUUCUCAUACAGCAGCCCACCAUGUACUAUGCUGCCACCCCCAUGUAUGUAGUCGAGUCCAAGCCCCAAGUGAUGCUCGUGCCGGGUGGCGCCCAGCAGACGGUGGGUCAAGUCGGCCAAGUCGAGCUAAACCAGGGCGGGCUGAUGCAAGUCGGCGGUCUCCAGGGUACACAGGGCGUGGUGCUCGUUGAUAGGAAGGUAGGGACGGGAGGAGGGGCAGGCCAGGUGUCGCAAGGAACCCUGUCCAGGUCCACUCAGUCGGUGGUAGUGCAGGGCAGCACCUUGGGAGGAGAGCAAGGGGCGCAAUUGGCACAGGGCUUUGCUCACGUGGGACAGGGCACUUUGGAGCGGGGCUUUGAGGUCAGCAGCCAAGGCAUGCAGAUGAAAGCUCAGGGCUUUUCAGUGGCGUCGCGUGGUUCUGCAGGUUCAAACGAGGACUUUGCCCAGACAGCCACACCCAAGUUGCAAGGGAGUCAGAGAAUCGUUGUGCAACAUAAAAAGAAGUCAGUGACACAGAGGAACCUUUAGUCCAGUACAACAGCGUAGAGCAACACUUUUUGGGUUUAGUGCAUCCUGAGAAGUCACUCUUGUUUUUACAUAUAAUAACAUAUAUUUACGUAGACUGAAAUGUACUACAAUGUGUAAAUAUGUGGUAAACUGGUUUAAUUUAGUCUGUUUGACCUGUAGUGUAAUACUGUACAUUCUUUUCUGCAUAUAGUAAGACCAAAAAUAAUUGGACAAAUGACAGUGGUUAAUAAUGAAAGGCGCAUUCAAUCAUUUCUUACACGGCCGAGUGAAAUCCUUUAAGUUAGGUUAAGUACUGUGUUCUUGCUUUUCUGGUUCCAAGAAUGAUCAGUUCGGUGUCCAGUACAGUCAUAAAGGGCAGGUACAAAACUAACAUGACACCACAAUAUAAACAAAACAGCUAAGACAGUAUAGUCACACCAAUUAAACAAAAAUGCAAAGCUCAGAUUGUUGGAAUCAUACCGGGAAACUAAAAGAACCACAGGACAAACAAAAAGCCUCACCUUUGUAUUUAGCAGCAAAAACAACAAAAACCACCUCCCUAGUUUUAACUGGCAACAAAUUACUGAAGGCUGUGCCUGGGAACCGAGCAGCAGCUGGAAGUCAUACAAGUCAUCAAAAUUACUAACUCACCCUUCCCAAUUCAAACCAAACCAGUAGUAUUGUACAUAAAGGCGUUUGGAUCCUCCAUGACGUAACCAUAGGAUUAACGAAGGGCAGUUUUGAAGCUUAGCGUGUUUGCUUUGAGAUGUUGCCACACUGGCUGUGCCUAUCUCCUAGGAAAUCGAAAAAUGUUUGCAAAGGAUGCAGCGCAAGUGCAGCAAAGGUUCAGCGAGUAACAGCACACGCCUCAGACGGCUAGUGACCUGAGAUAGCACCCAUCUGUCACUGGAAGAGGCCGUGCCUUUGAGAAGGCGUAACUUGAAUAACAUGAAUGAGAAAAUCACCUAUAAAACACGAGACCGUUUUUGUACCAGGCUGUACACGCAUUUAUUUCCGCUUCUAAAUUAGGGCGUUUAUUUAUUUAUUUUAACGUCAUAGGUAUUGCAGGGACUUUAGUUUGACGAUGUGACAAGCUCAGUAAAAAUGUCUUGAUCAAAACAGAAGGACAAUUAUUUUAGGAGUGACAACCGUGGAAUCUGCAGCUACUUUCAUGUUGAAUUUAUCCAUUUUAGGCUUUUAACACUCAGUGCACCGAGUACUGUAUUAUUUGAAUAUGUUUUGCUUCUUCAGAUGCUCGGUUUGCUUUUUGUGACAUUUAAGGUGCAGCCAUGUCAAAAGUUGUCCUGCUGACUAUUAGACUUGGUCAUAGAUGCCGAAUGCAGAACACUGAACACGGAUAAAUACGUGUUCAUCUUAAAACUGUUGAGGGCAACCUCUGAAGAAAUGUUGGAAUGAUUGAAUGCAUCGAGGGGGAGAGUAAAUUAUUUUUUAUUAUUAUAUAGUAAUUGCAGACUAAACCAAAGAAGAAACUAAAACUAUUUUUUUUUGUACAUUUUUUUGAACCUCUACAGAGUGUGUGUUACUUUAAACGGCAUAAUUGCUUAAGUAUAAGUGCCAAACUGAUAAUUGCAGGAUGUUGUAUUUUCUUGAAAGGAGUUAUGUGUCAUAAUUAUUUGGUAGACAGUCGCUGUUUGUGUGUGUGUGUGUGUGUGUGUCCAUGUGACAUAUUUUGGGAAUGUGGAGGGGAAAAUUAGUAAAAGCCAAGCUUGCAAAGCACUGAAAACACUGAUACUGCUGUUCUCGCAAUUAAUAAAUAUAUAUAUUUUAAUGUCUAGCUUCUAUUAUGCUCUAUGAACAUGAUAGUACAUGAUAAUUAAGGUGUGUUUUUUCUUUCUUUCUUUCUUUCUUUUUCUUUUUUUUUUGCACCUGGUAGCAUAAUAAAUUGUAACUGGAAAAAAAGUA